AUGACUGACGAUGCACCUCCAGACAGCGUAGAGAGUGCUUUGAUUGAUCAGACGAGGGCAGACGAUAGACGACGACGUGAACAAUCAGAAUGGCGACAGUUUUACGAGCAGCGACCCGUCUCUGAUCAUGAGACCGAAAUUAAAGCAUUAGAUAUCGCAAAGGGUGAGCUGCUACGAGCUUGGCGACAACUCAAUCAGAAGCUCCCUACCGAUCAACAGGUCCAAUUCGCUAAGCGUGCUCCUGAUAUUAACGACGUCAUUCUUGUGGUCAGGAAGAUUGAAGAAAAUUGGCAACAAGAGAAAGCCAAGGGAAAGUUCGGUCGCCUCAAGAUAUCAUUUCGCAAAGUCUGUUCUGGGCUGGGUUCACAUUCGGCAAUGCUGGAUGUCCUUCCAUCUAGCAGCCAGUAUGUCUCAGUAUUCUGUGGCUCUUUACAAACCCUGAUACAGGCAUCUAUGAAUUAUGAAAGGAUAGCUGAAGGAUUGUCGCGCGCCUUAGAAGAAAUUACCGACGCUGUGGAUGCUUGCGUCAAAGAAGUUACUUUGUACCCCACGAUUGCCAUGAAACGGAGUAUAGCAAAUCUCUAUGCACAUGUUUUUCUCUUCAUGCGGCGCACCAUUGAGUGGUAUCUGAAAAGGUCUUUCAGCCGAACUCUCUCGAGUCUGAACGAUAACUACUAUGAUCAGUUUCAGGCUGAGAUCUCAAACGUUACCAGAUUUUCGGAAAUCAUCAAACGGGAAGCACAACUUGGCUCUGGUGCUGAGAUAAGGACAACCAGGCUGGCUCUGGACCACUUCGUAGAAAAGUACAACCAAGAUAGAGACUCCGAUUCAAGAGUUAGAGAACAAGAGAGGUUCCAGGUCUUAGCUUUGGAGAAAUUCAAGAAGCUGGAGGCUAUGUCCGAACGCUUAGGCGAAUUUGCACAAACUUUUUUAAAAGAUAGCGCAAGAAGCGUUUGCUUGGGAAGGAGUAGUACAACGCAUCUUUCUCAAGGUACUGUAUCGAGACCGAAAUCUGCACAGAUUUUGACGGCUGCCGAUAAUCCUACAGUGAGCGGGAGGGAAGCAAUGCAGCUGUUUUCUCGACAUCUUGAAGACAAUUUUGAUACCGAACGGACUUUCCCUUACUACGAUCUCGCAGAGACGUCACUUUUCGACGGACAGAUUGUCUCUGCCUUACAGGAGUGGACGACGGCUCCUGCAUCGCAGGUAUUUUGCAUAGUAGGGUCUGAACACGUUGUUGAGCCAGCUCCAACAGCAUUGAUUGCAUCACAAUACGUGCACUUUGCAGUCCAGUCAAAGAUCCCCGUAAUAUCGUAUUUCUGCACGCUGCCGAGGCUCAAACAUGUGCCCGAACAGCAAACGCCCGAAUCUAUAGCACUGAUCUCCCUCAUCUACGCUCUGAUCCGGCAGCUGAUCGAGCUUCUUCCUUUCAUCAUGACUGAAUCUUCAGAUGCGUUGAGUGAGCAGAGAUUUGCUCUACUGGACGGUAGCUACGACAGCCUCGACACUGCCCUUGAAAUCCUGGAGGACUUGCUAGAACAAUCACCACCCAUGCUGCUCUGUGUCAUUGACAGCUUCCAGCUACUUGACGAUCGGAGCACGAAGCGACAAUUGCCACUAUUCUUGGAUUCGCUUCGCGGUCAUCGUCAGACGAAAAAUGUGGAAGGCGUGAGCUCAGACCGUCUGCUUAAGAUUCUAUUCACUACGGCAGGGCGAUCAAGAUGUCUGCUCGAUAGCUUAUCUAUUGAGGAGUUGCUGUUUGCUGAACUUUCUCGUCCCUCCCGGAGACCUGGGAGAGUUUCUGGAGGUGGGCGGGCAUUGUCACCGGGUUUCUUCAGCGAUAUUGGGCGAGAGGAUGAUGUCAAAUAG